AUGAGACAGCUAACUGAGGAAGAAACUAAGGUUGUUUUUGAGAAACUAGCGGGUUACAUUGGUAGAAACAUAGCCUACCUUGUGGACAACAAGGAGGUGCCCCAUGUGUUCCGUUUGCAGAAGGACAGAGUUUACUACGUUCCAGAAUAUAUUGCCAAGCUAGCUACAAGUGUAGCUAGACAGAACCUAAUGUCUGUGGGUAUAUGUCUCGGGAAGUUUACAAAGACUGGUAAAUUCAGACUGCAUAUCACUGCUCUGUCAGUAUUGGCCAAGCACGCCAAGUACAAGAUAUGGAUUAAGCCAAAUGGUGAAAUGCCUUUUCUAUAUGGUAACCAUGUGUUGAAAGCACAUGUUGGUAAGAUGACUGACGAUAUUCCAGAACAUGCUGGUCUGAUAGUGUUCUCCAUGAACGAUAUGCCACUUGGGUUUGGUGUUAGUGCCAAGAGUACAUUAGAGUCUAAAAACUUGCAACCAACCGCCAUCGUUGCAUUCAGACAAGCCGAUAUCGGUGAAUACUUGAGAGAUGAAGAUACUUUGUUCACUUGA